GACUUCCGCUAGCGUCUGAUAACUUUGCUCACUCUUGUUUUAAAAGAGGAGAUUAAAAAUGUCGACGAACCUUAACGAGAUUGGCCAAAUCACAAUAUUGCAGCGCAAACUUAAACUUCUGGAGGGCGAGAAGAAUGCUUUCGCUGAGAGCAGUCGGGCCAUCAUGCAGAAGAACACAGAGUCCAUCCAGAGGCUGAAGCAGAACAACAGCAUGCUGUACAGGAAGCUGGCAGGCGCUAAAGCUGGCCAUGCGCACAUCAUCAAAGCCGUCUUCCAGGACAGAGGCACAGAGAAAGAAGCUUAUCGCAACAUGACCUUAAAGGAAGCAAUCACAGCGCUGGACCAGAGUGUGCAGACCAAGAAGAAGCGUCUCAAUGCCAUGAAACACAUAACUCAGACUUUGGAGCGACAAUGGGAUGAACUCCAGAAGGAAUACCAGAGAAGGAAGCGAGUGUGCAGUGAAGCACCUUCAACUGAUACUCGUGCACGAAAACAUGAGGAGGAUGAAAUGACCAUACGGGACCUGGAGAACCAUCUGGAGAAGACCCAGUUAAAGUGCAAGCAGGCUGAGAACAUCACAGCAACAUAUCUGACACUGAAACGACAAAUGCAGGAGGAGAGUGUGACUUAUAAGGGCCAGUUGGACAGUCUGGAAGCAGACCUUCAGAAGCACAGAGAAGAGCUCAGCAACGUGAAGGCCAUGUACAAGAACGCCCAGCUCACCAAAAACGCUGCAAAGGCAGAAUUACAGCAGCAGGAGAAAAGGCUCUACAAAAACCAUAAGGAGCGAGAGCAAGUUAUCGCCUCCUACAGGAAGGUUGAGAAAAACAAGAUCCAGACCGUGAGUAUUGAGCCAAAUGAUCUGAGCAGAGAGCUGCAUCGCAGCAUCACCAGGAUGUCAGAGGAAGAGGAUGAGCACAGCUCAGCUUACGAGGAGGCUUAUCGACGCUUGAAGGAGAUCACAGGAGUUACCAGUAUACAGGAGCUAGAGGAGCAAUUCACCUCACAGCAGGAGGCAGGCGAGCAUCUGGAGAAGAUAAAGUCAGAGAAUGAGAAGAUCCUGCUGGAGCUGAAGGAGCAGGAGUUGCAACUGAACAAAGAAUUUCAGGAAAUGAAAAAUUCUGGAGAAGGCAAAAGUCUGAGCAUGCAGCAGGUACAGGAGGAGAGAAAACAGCUCCUGAAGUCAGUGCAGCUCAGGUAUGACACAGCCAGAGGGCGCGUGGAGCAUCUCGUUAAAACCGUCAAUGCUGUGCGAGCCGCAGUCGAGCACCUCGCAGACAAACUCCAGCACAUCACACUGAGCGAGGAGGAUGCCGUGUCCCAGGAGUCUCCUGAGUCUGGGGAGGACGUGGUGGAGCUUCUGAAGCAGUGUCAGCUGAAGAUCAAGUUAAUGGAAAAAGAGCUCAAAGGAAAUGAUCUGUCUCCUAUUAUGAAGGAAAUAAAAGAAGAUGAGUUCCACGCCAAGGUUGAGGAGAAGUUACCAUCUCACAGCGUUCAUGUUAAACUGCCAGAGGACCCACGUGUGGAUCAGGAUGAGCACGGUGCUGCCAUUGAAGACAAAGAGGUCGACCUCAUAUCACGGGAAGAACUGAAGCGGCAGUCUCAGCUGAUCGCUGAGUCGCACAUCAAGAAAAAGGCCUGGAAGAUGAGGAAGGGUGAGAUCUGAGCCAGCACGUCAGGAGGCACAACAGAGACGAAAAUAAAACGACAUGAACGAUAAACUCAUCCCCACAAGGAAAUGAAAUCCUCCAAGAUGUCUGAGUUUUGUUUGGGGGACAUUUGGUUAAAUAAUCCUUCACCGUCCAUCUGUGAGUCUACAGAGUGCAGGUUCUCCUAAACUGGUUGGAUGUCAGUGAACUGUCACACAGUGGGAGCUCACGUCAUGAAGACGUGCUCCAGGACAAAUAAUUCUGGUCCAACAUCGAGGGGAGAAA